AUGUCGGGUCCGCCGAGUCGGAAGAGUAUGAUCAGGAGCUUGAUAGCUGCAUGGUGGGACCAGUCCCAGUGGGUACGUUGGUACUCUUACCCAGGCAUCAAUUCAUUCGAGUUUGAGGCCGAGGCGCCGUCACCCGAAAAGAUUCCAGCGUCCGAUUUAUUGGGCGUGACAGUGAUCUUGUUGACGGCAUCCUACAAGGAUGCUGAAUUCAUUCGUGUCGGCUACUAUGUGAACAAUGCGUACGAAUCGGAGGAAAUGCGUGAGAACCCGCCGGAAGAGGUGCAGCUCGACAAAGUGUGUCGUGAGGUCCUCGCGAGCAAACCGCGCGUCACCCGCUUCAAUAUCAAUUGCAGGGACAACCCCGGCGAGAUGAUCAAGCCUCCGGUGGAGCAGCAGGCUGCUACGCACGAGGGGGCGAUCGCCGACGAAACGCAUACCGAGCCCAACCCUCAGUUCCGUCCCGCUGCACAGGAGCAGGCAGGCAGCGCCAGUGCCUUCACGCCGCUGGAAAUGCCAUAA